AUGGAGCUCGAGACCCAUCUACGCAAGUUUCGGCACCUGACAUGGCAGAACUCCGACGAAAAUGUUGCAUUGCCGCUACCUGUUUCCGACUUCGACACUGUGUUCGGACUUCUACCCGAAAACAUAAAGCCCUCGCCUCGACCAAUUCCAAAAGACGCCCAAUUUCCUUCACACGACAAUCUCUCCACGGGUGCAAACUGUGUUUGCGGCGACUUGAUUGCUCGAGUGAUCGCAAAUGCUCGUCUUGAUGACGACGACCAUGCGUCCAAGUUCUGCCUUGCCAGAUUGUCCGCCACUGUGUCAGAAUUUUUGGCAGAACCGCCACCUUGUAGUGUCUGCAACUUCAUACAGCACCACAUCAGUACCGAGCUCGCAAUGGACAAAGACAAAGAGAAGUAUCUCAACGAGAAACUGGAGCUAAGUCUAAGCUUUGAUCGACCCCGUCACUUCCGUUACCCGACCAUAACCGUCUCGGCUGGAGGGCAUGAGCUGAAGGACCUCUCACUAGUGCCAACAUUAUAUGAUACCUCUGAAGACAUUGCACAUCUUCCGUUGUCAACCACAGUCGUUCCAUCCAACUCAAUGGACGUGGACGUGCUGGAAACACUCAGAUCAUGGCUUCGGCAAUGUGAGGACCAUUCCGGGUGUGUCCGACCGAAGGCGAAGCGCUCGCCGCGCAGGCUUGUCGAUGUUGGGACCGAACGUAUCCCGGAAUUACAUCUCCGCACUUGUGAUGGUAACGAGGGCGAUUUCGUUGCGCUGAGUUAUUGCUGGGGCCAUUAUAAAGGCCCGAAGCUCACACAAACCUGCAUCGAGGCAUUCCACGAAGGUUUGGACGAGACGAUUCUUCCCCAGACAUACAAAGAUGCUAUCUGGGUGACACGAAAGCUAGGAAUUCGCUAUCUCUGGAUUGAUGCAUUGUGCAUCCUGCAAGACAACGAAGAAGACUGGCGGGCCGAAAGCAUGAAGAUGGACCAAGUCUAUGGUAACGCUCGGCUGACAAUUGCUGCCUUCAGGGCCUCCUCCGACAUGGAAGGCUUUUUGGGUGACCGAGACUCUCAGCCCAUUUGGGCAUUCUGCGGUACAAUAAGUUACAUCGACGAAAAAUACCCUGUUUACAUGGUUGAUGAAGAUGAAAUGAGGAAGUUCAAAUUUUACAUCCACGAGCCGCAGGGACCUCUGGGAAAGCAGCCAUUAGCUUCACGAGGAUGGGCAAUACAAGAAAGGCUAAUGUCUCGGCGCAUCGUCUACUUCACCUCGAAUCGUAUGAUCUGGCAAUGUACGCGUGGCAUCACCACGGAAGAAGGGCUGAUCUGCGACCCUCAGUUGCAGCUCGCAUGGAUCAAAGACAACACUGCCCAUUCGUAUUGGUGUGAUGUCGUGAAGCAGUACUCUUCCUGCAAGCUCAGCCAUCCUAGCGAUCGUCUGCCUGCGCUUGCUGGGCUGGAGCAUGCUAUCCGGGGUUUGCGAACCGACGACGAUAGCUUUUGUUCGGUCACUGGAAGCACGACAUCAUCAACUCUCUUCUCUGGAUAG